AGGAGCGUCAGCGUCGGAGGCCGCUACAUUCGACACCGCAAGAGGGGUUGCGGGGGGGAGGCUUAGAGAGACAAUGGCUUCUGUCAUCGUUCUCGUCAGGAUUCUUCCCUCUUGUUGCUUCAAGUGAGUGUGGACGAAUUUUGAAGGCUUUCACGCUUAGAAACCAUUGUGUCGCGUUGGGGGCGGCGUGGAAUGGUUUUCUAGGGCGAUCGCGGAAUUUUGAAGGCAGAGGAUUGGGGGAUUGUACAGUGAUGAAGUGGGGCGUGGCAUGGCGGAAUAUUAAGCGCUAUGUCAAGCACGACUUGAAGGAGAUCGCUUUCCCCUCGUCUUUGCCUGACCCUCCUCACCUCAAGGCUAAACCUAAGACCAGGAAGCUGACAAUUAAAGAUUAUGUAUAUAUAGUGAGAACAGCGGCCAGCCUUCAUGCAAAGAGCUUUACGAGAGAAGGACUGACAAAGGAGGAUUGGAAGAAAGCUGGCCUUGAUGAACAGGAAGAUCCAGAAGUUGCAGAGAGGAAGGAACCAGCUGAGCCAUCUUCAGUAGAGGAACUUGCAUUGGCAGCUCGAGCGGGUGUAGAGCAUAUAAAACCUGCCCUGCAACGUAUCUACAUGACACGUGCAAGCGCCUACAGAGAUGCACUUAAGAGCUUCGUAGAAGGAUAUCAAGAGGGGGUUGCUGAAGUGGUGGCGAAGAACUCUCAGGAAGAAUCUGGAGGUGGUGGGCGAAGAUCCAAUGAAGAAGAUAUUGGGCAGUCAACACGGCCAUCGUUUGUCGAGGAUCCCAAGAAGGAGAAAAGUCCGUUCUAGUAGCUAAUAAUAUGGGACGGUUCAAGCACUCUCCGAUAUGUAGCUCGGUUACUAGAUUUACAUAGUUAAGGGCAAAACAUUCCAGAGUUUAUGGAGUUAAUGAUCAUUUCUUCAUUCAACACUAUCUAAUAAUAAUGGCAGAGCUUCAGUUCGCUAGCCAUGUUCUCAAGUUGUA